GGAGUUAGUUCUCCUUCCGUGUCGGUGUCAUUUGGCGAGCUGAUGGACCACUCCGAUUCACAGAAAUUGCUGCUGAUUGAAGAACGGAUUUCCUGGCAAUCCCACCUCUUUGCUACAAGUGACGGCGUGGCUGCUGAGACUGACAGCUGGCAUAUAAAGGGACGGCAAUCUGAAAAUGACAUCACUGAUUCAUUGCAUUACACCUGCGCGGGAACCAACAGCAGACGACACACACAAUGACGACACCCUUGAGAACCUUCUUUCUGAGUCUAGCCAUGUCAUUUACAUUCUCUGAGGCACGAGUGCCACAGUGCUUGGAUUUAUGUGAUGAGUGCAGAGACAUAGCGGAUGGGGAAUACGAUAUUGGACUCUGCCAGAGUAACUGUUUCCUCGGGAGUACAGACCCUCACUGCAGUAAGUUUCUAACUGGCAAUAACAAAAGAGAUUCCGCCAUUAGAAUCCAGGCGUGUGUCGACUACUGCAAGCUUUGUCAAAUUACCUACGAACAGUAUAAUGGAGGAGCCUGUGUGUUCAACUGCGAAGUUACCGGUGGAAGAGAACAAGACAAAAACUGUUUAAAUUACUGGCCAUGGAGAAAGUGACGAUACGUUUAUCAUUAAUAAAAAGAAAGAAACAGGUUAUGGCAAUUGUAUUUCUUUGCUAGACCACAAAAUGUAACA